GGGAUUGAUUGAUUGAGUCUGUUUGCCCCUCACACUUCCUAUACAUACUAGGUAUACACAACCAGUGUAUUUAAAUUCAGCAUGCCGCCCAAAGGAGCCAGCACCGCCAAGGUACCCAUGAGGUUACCUCCACUGCCCAAAUUGAGGGUAAGAAGACCAAAUCAAACCGAUUCGAAUCCAUGUUUGGCCAUCAUGACUUCAGUUCUCACAUGCUGGGCAUCUUCCGGAUAUAACGUAGCUGGAUGCCAGGCCUUAGAAACCCAAUUGAGAACUUGUAUGGAUGCGCCCAAAGCCGCAGCCCAAAAGAAGAACACAAUCAAUUACCAUCUCUCACGGAUGUAUCCCAAGAUUGUUGGACCGCGCAAGAAGAAAUGAACGGACUAAACGCUUCUAUACUGUGGUGUUGAAGGCACGAUAUAUUCACAUCAGGGAAAUGAUCGUGAGAGGCAUGUGUGGGCGAACGCAUAUAAGAUGGUCUCAUAGAAUGAACACAAAAUUCCAAGCAGCACGAAACUAUGUGGAAACAGGUAUGAAGGUAGACAUACCUAAGUACUAUCUAUGUACUUGUAUAUAUCAAGCAUCACAAUGGGUCGAUGCACAUUUUGGGGGCAAUCAUGGCGCAAGGGACGGAGAAUGUCAAUUGAGAUUCAAAAUGUAUUACCAGGAAAAAAUAUCAAGUGGAAAGAUA